GGAAUUUCUAUCAGUUAGUCGAGGUGUCGGUUGUCCAACAGUUGUGUGCAGCUCGAGCCAAAUAGUUAUUCUAUUAAAAAACAUUAAAGAAGUAUUUCUUUUUUGUUUUAAUUAAGUAAAAAAGUAAACCAACCGAAAGUGUUUCUUUGUGUUGGUGGUUUGUUAAGUGUGUGAUUAGUGUGUGCAUACAACAAAAUGUAUCAUUUGAAAAGUUUAGCUCGUCAGGCUGCCGUCCGCCAGGAUGUUGCUGCCACUUUGGUUAAGGCUAUGCCCACUGCUGCCUUGCAAGCACGUGGCUAUGCUGAAUACCAAAUUCCCGACCGUCUAAAGGAGGUGCCCACUGCCAAAGAUCCCCGUUUCUUCGAUAUGGUAGAGUACUUCUUCCACCGUGGUUGUCAAAUUGCCGAAGAUCGUUUGUUGGACGAUAUGAAGGGAAAAUUGUCCAUGGAAGACAAGAAAAAGAAGGUUAAGGGUAUUCUUAUGCUUAUGCAACCCUGUGACCACAUCAUUGAAAUCGCUUUCCCAUUGCGUCGCGAUUCUGGUGACUUUGAAUUGAUUACCGGUUAUCGUGCCCAGCACUCUACCCAUCGUGUACCAACCAAGGGCGGUAUCCGUUUCUCUAUGGAUGUAUCACGUGAUGAAGUCAAAGCCUUGUCUGCUUUGAUGACAUUCAAGUGCGCCUGUGUUGAUGUACCAUUCGGUGGUGCUAAGGCCGGUUUGAAGAUCAACCCCAAGGAAUACUCUGAACAUGAAUUGGAAAAGAUCACUCGUCGUUUCACCCUUGAGUUGGCCAAGAAGGGCUUUAUUGGACCCGGCGUUGAUGUACCUGCUCCUGAUAUGGGUACCGGUGAACGUGAAAUGUCCUGGAUUGCCGACACUUAUGCCAAGACCAUCGGUCACUUGGACAUCAAUGCCCACGCUUGCGUAACUGGCAAACCCAUCAACCAAGGUGGUAUUCACGGUCGUGUGUCCGCCACCGGUCGUGGUGUUUUCCACGGUUUGGAAAACUUCAUCAAUGAAGCCAACUACAUGAGCAUGAUUGGCACUACUCCCGGCUGGGGUGGCAAAACUUUCAUCGUUCAAGGUUUCGGUAAUGUCGGUCUCCACUCUACCCGCUACUUGACCCGUGCUGGUGCCACUUGCAUUGGUAUCAUUGAACACGACGGUUGCAUCUUCAACCCAGAGGGUAUUGAUCCCAAGGCUUUGGAAGACUACAAGAACGAACACGGUACCAUUGUUGGUUACCCACACGCCAAACCCUAUGAGGGUGAAAACUUGAUGUUCGAACCUUGUGAUAUCUUCAUCCCAGCUGCCAUUGAAAAGGUUAUCAACAGUGAAAAUGCCCACAAAAUCAAUGCUAAGAUCAUUGCUGAAGCUGCCAACGGUCCAACCACACCUGCUGCUGAUAAAAUCUUGAUUGAUCGCAACAUUUUGGUUAUUCCCGAUUUGUACAUUAACGCUGGUGGUGUAACAGUUUCCUUCUUCGAAUGGUUGAAGAACUUGAACCAUGUAUCUUAUGGUCGUCUUACCUUCAAAUAUGAACGUGAAUCCAACUACCACUUGUUGGCCUCAGUACAACAGUCUAUUGAAAGAUUUGUUUUGGACGAAUCUGUCCAAGAAUCUUUGGAACGUCGUUUCGGUCGUGUUGGUGGCCGCAUCCCUGUCACUCCCUCCGAAGCUUUCCAAAAACGCAUCUCUGGUGCCUCUGAAAAGGACAUUGUCCACUCUGGUUUGGAUUACACCAUGGAACGUUCUGCUCGCGCUAUCAUGAAGACCGCUAUGAAAUACAACUUGGGUCUUGACUUGAGAACCGCCGCCUAUGUCAACUCCAUUGAGAAGAUCUUCACCACUUACCGUGAUGCUGGUUUGGCUUUCUAAGGUGCUUAAAUGAAUAAAUAAAAUGAAAAUAAUUAAAACGUCAAUCCUCUAUGAUGGUGCAUACUUACAACAUACAACAUACUUGCAACAUAUAUAUUUUAAUUAAUUUUUAAGCCUUAAAACAAAAGAAAAACAAACACAUCUUAAGCUAAAAAUUCACUCGAAACAUAAAAUGUUUAUAAAAAAUCAACAAGUAGUUAAAACAUUCUUUUUAAGCAAUAUAUUAAACCAACAACAUUAGUUAGUCCUGCCAUUUGUCACAAAAAACUAAAUGUUUUUAAAUUAAGUAAAUAAAUUUUAUUGCCAUCUUUGAAUUUAUCAAUCGAAAAAACCAAAACACGAUCAUUCAAAUAAUUGAAUUAAUCUUACAAUGCAGCGACUUUUUUUAUAUUUUCCUUGUAUUUCAAUGUAUUAAAUAGUUCUAAAACACAACUGUUUUAUUUGUUUUCACCUUUUCCCUAAUUUAUUUUUUAAAUAUUUUCCUAAUUAUACUUAUAACUGUUGCUGUUUAAUAUUUCUUUGAAUUUAAGUUUUUAAAGUCAAUCCAAUAAGAAAAUGCAUUUUAAAUUAAAACAAAAAGAUGAAAAUAUUCAUAAAUAUAAAAAUUAAUUCAAAAUAAAAUAAAAAAUAAUAUAAAUAUAAAAAAAAAA